AUAAACCUAGUCAGAAAAGAGGCUUGAUAAUUUAAUGUUCUUUUCUAACUUUAAUUAUGGUUUACCUAAACAUUAGAAGGAAUACAUAUAUUGAUUCUUUGUUGUGGUUUUUAUUCAUUGUUUUGACUACAGAGGGAUGUUUAGGUUAUACAGUAUACUGUGAGGUAGGAGCAGGAGUCUGCCUUGAUUUUUUCAAAAACAACUCUUUUGGCACCUACGCAAUCAGAGUUCGAGAUUUGCCUUUCUGUUUAUCGUUUGAUGGACAAUCGACUUAUAUCUUUUCAAAUAACUUUGGAAAUGAAUCAUCAUUUAACUGUAGCGUUUCUAAAACAAUAAUGUCAGUGUGCAUUGGAAAUUUUCAAUCAAAAGAUGCUGGGAUAUAUUCUUUACAUGACGGUCUGACACCUAGCAGUAAUCUUCUGAAAAGCAUUAGAGUGGUUAAAGCAAGUCAACAAUUCAACAUGACGGGAUCCUCAGAGUUUGCUUCCUUGAGACAAGCUUAUACAUGGACUUGUAGCAUGUUUGUACCGCCUGAACAAACGGUCAAAGCGGUUAAGUUCUACAGAAACAAUAUUUUAUGUGGUUUAAUCGGAUAUCUCAAUAAUGACUGUGUUAAUCAGAGUGCAAACCCUAGAUACACAUACGCAUGUCUGUCAGAUUAUGUGUACACUCUGACUAUACCAGCAGAAAACAUGACAGAAUAUGAACAGGGGUCGUUGUGGAGAUGUGAAUAUGUGGUUAAUUCUAGUUACAGAAGUUCUGACGUCAUCAUCAAAAUAGCAAGCCCACCCACAGUGCAUAUGCUAUCUCAGCAAGACAUAUUAGAAGAAAGAAACUUGUCUAUCACCUGUAAGGCCACCCCUGGAAAUCCUAGCUCGACAACAUUUUACUGAACCAAGGUAGACAACCCAGGAUUCAGACAUAAUGGUUCCACUCUACAUCUACCUAACAUACAGCGAACUAGUUCUGGUACCUACAGAUGUAUAGCAGAGAACAACUACAAUAAUGAAGAGAAGGGAACAGACAGUCAGUCCAUGGACGUCAAUG